AUGGGGUGCGCUUCUGGUACAAGACAAUUUAGAAUAGCAAUAGAUGGCCCAGCAGGGGCAGGUAAGACGACCCUCGCAACGCUCUUGGCAAAAACCCUGGGUUUUUCGCACAUCAACACAGGCAUGAUCUACCGAGCCCUCUCGUACGUGCUUAUGGAGAGAUUUCCGGAGAGAUCUAUCCAAGAGCUGGAAAGUGAUAUUAGGAAAGAAGAUGCAAAAAUACUCGAAGUGAUCAAAGGGUUUUCUCCAAAUAUCACAGAAAACAGCUUUGUUGCAGACGGAAAAAACAUCAUCCACGAGCUAAGAACACCCAGGAUAGACGCAGUGGUUGGGAUCAUUUCCAAGUACAAGAUUGUCAGAGAGAAGGUGAAAAUCAUCCAGAAGAAGCUUAUCAACAUGUGUCCCAUGGCAGUGGUGGAGGGAAGAGACAUAGGGUCGGCCAUCAUGCCGGACGCAGAGCUGAAAAUAUACCUAGAAGCAUCGGUGGAAGAGAGGGCCAUCAGAAGAGAAAAAGAAAGAUCGGAAAAAAAAGACAGAGGAGAGCAGACGCCAAUAAGUCUGGAGGAAAUCGAAAUGAAAAUAAAACAAAGAGACUUUUUAGAUACAACUAGAGAAAUAUCUCCUUUAGUCAAAUCCCCAGACGCGAUAGUAAUAGACAACACUAAGCUGACCGUAGAAGAAACAGUGAAGAAGAUACAAGACAUAUUCCUGCAGAGGCAGCAGAAGGAUUAG